AGCUCAAGACACUCGCGAACAGACGUACAAAAAUCGCACACAAAACGCGCGAAAACUGCCAACUAAAAAGAAGUCAACGAUUCAAAUCGCUGAAGUUGCCGAAGUUGUGCAAAGUGUCGCCGCAGGAUUAAGUGUCGAGAGUGCAAGGACUUAAAGUGACAAAAAUAGUGACAAUAUUUAGAAAAAUAUCUUAUAUAAAUAUAUACAUCAAUUACCAUGUGGCAAAUGCUUUUGAAGAUCGCGCUUCUCUCCCUGGCGCUGGAGCAGAGCAGUCGUUUUGCAGCCGCCGCCACCCUUGGCAGUCCAACGAGCAAUGCGCGUCAUUUUCCGAAUGAUUUUCUGUGGGGCGUCGGCUCGUCCUCUUAUCAAAUUGAGGGCGGCUGGAAUGCGGACGACAAGGGCGAGUCCAUUUGGGAUUAUAUGACACACAAGAGUCCCGAGAAGAUAGUCGAUCAAUCCAACGGCGAUAUCACAGCGGAUAGCUAUCAUCAGUGGCGACGCGACGUGGAGAUGGUGCGCGAGCUGCAUGUCACCACGUAUCGAUUCUCGCUGUCAUGGCCCCGGAUCAUGCCCGGCGGCUACAUGAACCAUGUGAGCACCGCGGGCAUCAAGUACUACAGCAAUCUGAUUGAUGAACUGUUGAGAUACAAUAUCACGCCCAUGGUGACCAUCUAUCAUUGGGAGCUGCCGCAGCGGCUGCAGGAGCUGGGCGGCUGGACCAAUCCGGAGAUAAUACCGCUGUUCAAGGACUAUGCGCGCCUGGUGCUCGAGAUGUACGGCGAUCGCGUCAAGUUGUGGACCACCAUCAACGAGCCGUGGCAUGUGUGCGAGCACGGCUAUGGCGUCGACUACAUGGCGCCCUCGUACAACUUCCCGGGCAUACCCGCCUACCUGUGCGGCCACAAUCUGCUCAAGGCCCAUGCGGAAGUGGUGCACAUGUAUCGCGAUCAUUUCCAGCCGCGUCAGGCCGGUCGCAUUGGCAUUACGUUGGACACAUCGUGGCCGGAGCCGAGGAAUCCGGACUCUGCCGAGGAUCGCGAGGCCUCGGAGCGGGCCAUGCAGUUCUACGUGGGCUGGUUUGCACACCCGAUCUUCUCCAAGCACGGCAACUAUCCCAAGAUCAUGAUCGAGCGCAUUCGCAAUCUCAGCAAGCAGCAGGGUUUCGGUGCCCGUUCCCGUCUGCCCGAAUUCACCAACGAGGAGAUCCACCGCAUUCGCGGCACCUCCGAUUUCUUCGGCAUCAACUCGUACACCAGCAACCUGGUGACUCCGAACGGUCACAACAACACCGGCAAGUUUCCCGUACCGUCGUUCAAUCACGACAUGGGCGUCGUCGAGAGUCAAGCUGGCGUGGACUGGCCCGGUUCGGGAUCUUUCUGGCUCAAGGUCUAUCCCAAGGGCAUGUACAAUCUGCUCAUGUGGAUACAUCGCGAGUACAACGGACCCGAGAUCAUUGUCACGGAGAACGGGGUCAGCGAUCGUGGCGGCUUGGAGGACUACGCCCGUGUCGACUACUACAAUCUCUAUUUGUCCGCCGUGCUGGAUGCCAUCGAGGAUGGCGCCAAUGUCAGCGGCUACAUUGCCUGGAGCCUGAUGGACAGCUACGAGUGGAAGGCGGGCUACACGGAAAAGUUCGGCCUCUAUCAUGUGGACUUCAGUGCGCCGAAUCGCACACGCACGCCCAAGAUUUCGGCGCGCGUCUUCGCCAACAUCUGCAAGACGAACGCCAUCGACUGGAGCUAUCGACCAGCGCUGGACGAGCACCAGCUGGUGGUCGCCGCCCGUCUGCCCGCGCUGGAGACGGAGGCGGCAGCAAACACGGCGGCGACAUUCAGCUGGAGUCUGGCACUCCUGCUGGGCGUCGUCCUUGCGUGGCACUCCUAGAGGAUGCCGCUCCUUGCCAUAUGAAACGACUUAAGCGCUAUUUUCACAUAUUGUUGCAAAGUAUUUUUAGACAUAGCAUCUAGGUUUCCUCAGACGGAAUGUAUUGUAUAUUGUGUAUAUAUAUUUCUAAAAACUAUUUAAGAAAACAACUCAAAAUGAAUAAACAA